AUGCCUUCAGAGUGCCCACCUCCCAGCUACAGCCCACGAACGUCGAACCUUUCUUUCGUUCUCAAGAAUCCACACGAUGUCGAAUUCGUCGAGCGACCGAUUCCCCAACUCUCGUCACCGAAGGACGUGAUAGUUGCUGUCAACUACACUGGAAUAUGCGGCUCCGAUGUGCAUUACUGGGAUCAUGGGAGUAUCGGCCACUUCGUGGUACAAGAGCCUAUGGUCCUAGGCCACGAGUCAUCUGGAACUGUGGUCGAAGUCGGUAGCGCAGUGACAGGUCUUCAGCCCGGCGACAAGGUUGCUAUCGAGCCUGGCUAUCCGUGUCGAUGGUGCGCCGAAUGUCUAGCAGGUCGUUAUAACCUCUGCCCUGAAAUGGUGUUUGCGGCCACACCUCCACACCACGGCACGCUCACCGGCUUCUGGGCCGCUCCAUUCGACUUCUGUUACAGACUGCCCCAGAACGUUACCCUCGAGGAGGGCGCGCUUAUUGAGCCUCUGGCAGUAGUGGUUCAUAUCGUAAAGCAAGCUCUGCCAACGACGUUUCCUGGGGCAAGUAUUGUCGUGAUGGGAGCAGGCCCGGUGGGUAUCCUGUGCGGCGCAGUUGCCAAAGCCUUUGGUGCGACCAAAGUUAUUGCCGUCGAUGUGAUACAGGAAAAGCUAGAAUUCGCGAGGGACUUUGGUUUCACACACGUGUACUUGUCCCAACGGAUCUCGGCAGAGGAUAAUGCCAAAGCCCUUCUUGACCAAUGCGGCCUUGAGGGAGGCGCGGACAUUGUCAUUGAUUCAAGCGGAGCGGAAAGCUCAAUUCAGACUAGCCUUCACGCCGUGAAAGCUGGAGGCACUUACGUUCAGGGAGGCAUGGGCAAAUCUGAUAUCAACUUUCCCAUCAUGUCCCUAUGCCAAAAGGAGGUAGCUGCGAAGGGUAGUUUUCGGUACGGGCCUGGUGACUACAAACUUGCUGUUGAGCUGGUGGGCAAUGGCGCAGUACACGUCAAGAAGCUCAUUACUAGUGUGGUGGAUUUCAGGGAUGCCGAAAAGGCAUUUCGCAGAGUAAAAGAAGGCAGCAUAGGGAAGACUCUUAUUGCAGGUCCCAAUAAAGUUUCCUUGGCAGUACAGAACAAGGAGCCCACGAGUGUUCUGAAGUAG